CCCAGCAGGCGCAGGCCAGAGCUCAGUCACCCAGCAUGCGGGCACAGCGUAUGCGGAGGACACCGCUCAGUGUGAUCCUCGGACUCCUGUUCCUGAGCGUGGCAGCCACAAGCAAGUGCUCGGGCAAGUACCAUGAACUCCUCCUGCAGCUCCGGCAUCAGGCGAAUCUCAUGCAGGACACCAGCACGCUCCUGGACCCCUAUAUGCGCAUCCAAGGCCUGGACACGCCAGCACUGAAGGACCACUGCAGGGAGUGCCCCGGGGCCUUCCCCAGCGAGGACGCCCUGCGGGGGCUCAGCAGACAGGGCUUCCUGCGGACCCUCAAUGCCACGCUGGGCCUCGUCCUGCACAGACUGACCGCUUUGUAUCAGGACCUCCCUGAAGCCCAGCAGUUGGUGGGACUGAACAUCCGCGGGUUCAGGAGUAACAUCCACUGCAUGUCCCAGCUGCUGCGCAGCUCCUCAGAGGCGGAGACACCUGAGCCCACUCAGCCAAGCCCCGGGCCCACGCCGCCACCCACACCGCCCUCAGACGCCUUCCAGCAAAAGUUGAAGAGCUGCAGGUUCCUGUGCGGCUACCACCGCUUCAUGCACUCUGUGGGGCAGGUCCUCCGGGAGUGGGGGGAGAGCCGGAGCCGGAGCCGGAGGCACAGCCCCUGCCGGGCCCCUGGAGACACAGCCCUCGCAAGGCCCUGCAGAGGGGGGGCCCGCAGGACGUGGCCCUUCCGGAGGGACAGGAGACUCAUGCCGAGGGGACAGCUGCCCCGGUAGCCUUAGAGGCACCCCUGCCAGGUAAAAGGUCAGCAGUUACUCUGCAGGAUGGCGCAGCCCCGGGGCCUGCCAUCCUGCUCUCCUCUGUUUCCCGCCUCUCAGAAGUGCACUUUAAGGGGUGGGAGCCGGGCAGCCCCUCUACCUCCUCUGGGUUGGGCUAGGGACAUAGGGUCAGGCUGUUGAGCCCCCCAGCCCUGAGUUCCUCAGUCUGGUGGGGUGGCCAGGUCAGGUCCACACGGGGCCAACUUUCCAUUGAUUCAGGGGUCUGAUGACACAGGAUGACUCAUGGCCAGACUGGCCGCCCACCCCCCUGCUCUGCUGCCCAGAGGCUGCCGGACUGUCCCUCUCAUGACUUGCAGGGCCGUUGCCCCCAUACUUCCUCCUUUCCCUAGUGGCCUGGUUCCAAGGGGGGGAGGUCAGGGCCUGAGCUGGCCUCCUAUGCCUCAUCACGUCUCGGGCCAGACCCCUGGAUGUCUGGAUGACCUCACUUUAGGCAGCUGUGAUGGGGCAGAGUGUACUAGAAAGAGCACUGAUUUGGGGGGUCCAAGGUUGGUCCCUAACUUGCUGUGUGGCCUCAGCAAGGCCACUUUACCUCUCUGUACCUCAGUUUUCUCUUUGUGAUUCGAAGGGCUUGGGGACUGUGUAAAGCCCUCUCUGCCUGUCAGUUGCUGGGACUCUGUGACAUAGGGUGGAUAUCAAAUUCUCUUCAUACAUGGGGACACGCAGUACAGAUAGCCACUGGGUACAGACUGAGCUCUCUGGAAGAGACCUCCUGGCUAGCACCGCGAAGCGGCUGGUCUUGGGUCUUGGGUGCUGGCUGCUCCCCCUGGUGGUAACAUCAUGGUAUUUUCUUAUGCUGAAAUCAUUGCCCUGGAGGGGGUCCCAGAAGCUGCUGGGCCAAUUCCUUGGAGGGACAUGACUAAUUUAUAGAUUUUUUUUAAAUCAGUUUUUAUCUGUUUCCUAUUUAUAAGGCUUAUUUAUAAUGUGUAUUUAAUGUUAAUAUUGUG